CUGAGUAGAUUGUCUGCCCCUUGCUCACGAGUCAUCAUCAGCUGGAAUGGAAACAUCCGGUCGUCAGUAAAGUAUCUGUCCAUCUUCUUGCCACAGCCCCAAUGUACACAUUGCUAUCCGGCCUGUAUAAGUACUUGUUCCAGAAAGAUGAAUACUUCGUCCUCAUCCUGGGACUUGACAAUGCUGGAAAAACGACAUAUCUGGAGCAGACGAAGACCAAGUUCAACAGGAGCUACCAGGGCAUGAAUCUAUCCAAGAUCACCAGCACAGUUGGCCUCAACAUUGGGAAGAUUGACUUGGGCAAGGUGCGUCUCAACUUCUGGGAUCUAGGGGGUCAGGAGGAACUUCAGUCCCUGUGGGACAAGUACUACGCCGAGUCCCAUGCAGUCAUCUACAUCGUGGACUCCUCCGACACAGAGAGACUGGAGGAAUCCAAAACAGCAUUCGAUAAGAUGAUCACGAACAGCAGCCUGUGCGGAGUGCCCCUGAUGUUGCUGGCCAACAAGCAGGACCUUGAUGGCUGUGUGAAGGUGUCCGACAUGAAGGCUAUCUUCAGCCCCAGCCAGGAGCUGAUUGGCCACAGAGACCUGCACGUGUCGGGAGUGUCUGCACUCAAAGGGGAUGGUGUCAACGAGGGCAUCCACUGGCUGGUGGAGAGCAUCAAGAAGAACAGCAUACAGAGACCCCCAACCCUGAAGGACAUUACCUGACCCCCUCAUGGCUCUCUCUGGGGGGUGGGGGUGUCCUGUACAGGGGGGUAGGUCAUGCAGUUCAUGUCAGCGCAGUCCGCACACACAGCAGACUGAGGGGAUCAUGUUUGUCUUCUGGUUCAUACCAUAACUGUUCACAUGGUGUAAACAGAAUGAAGAACUUGUCAUUUGUCAAGUCAUUAGCUGCUUCCAUAACUUCUUGACGUGUACCAAUUUCCAUGAUUCACAGCUGUAGGGUAGCCAGACUACAGUCGCACACAUAUUCCUAGUUCUAUUUUCAAAAUGAAUUCCAUAUUCAAGUCCAUACAAAAACUCUCAAUGUUUCUGUCCCAGAGACUAUUCCAUUGUCGUCUUCUUAGAAAGAACUGAUGUUUGCCCUUCAUGUACUUGAAAUGUGUCUCUCCUACUUAUGUACAGUAUGUAGUAAUCCUGGUAAUCCUGGUCAUCCUAGUAUUCCUGGAACAUCCUUAAAACUGUUACUAUAAAUAGAAACAUUGAUUAGGGCUGCAUCAUGCACUUUUACUACCCUGACAUUAAUAGAAUCUUUGUGUAGGAUUAAGAAGAAUCAUCUUCCCGAGGCAAGAGAGUGAACUGACUUUAAAAGUCCAGUUUCCACCCUUGCCGAACUAGGCUGGAAUUCCUGGGCUCGAUCAUAGCGCCACCAGUGGCUAUUACGAGUUAUGUCCUUUCUAUGCCUCUCCUAUUGACCAAUCAGAUUCAACCUCUCGUAUCACUUGCAUUUGUUUCAAACAAAACGGUGUCGCCCAGUCAAGACGAUCUGAUCAAUAAUCAAGAUCUAUAUUGUGAUAAAACGAGUCUUACAUCGUGAAGUGCAUCAAAUCACGUGAGCACCUUGAUUAAAAACAGGAAAAGAUUUAGAAAAAAUCUGUGGACAACGAGUUAGCCGUGCACAUGCUUUGCAAAUCCUACAGUCGACCUAAAUCUGCAUGAAACUUUACGAGCUGGAUUUCGAUUUCGGUGCGCGAUUUUGAUUGGACUAUGCAGAGACUCGUUAGUCCAGCCAAAAUGUAACUCCAUAAUACCAGCCUAGUUCGGCAAGGGUGAAAACUGGACUUCUAUAGUCAGCUAACUCACUUGCCUCGGGAAGAUGGAGAAGUAUUAGCCUGGAGGCUCAAUCCCCACCUCAUCCGGUUGUUGCUAUGUAAGUGCAAUAAUCUUGAACCUGACGUUAAACCCCAUUUUACCUCACCUCACCUUAAUCCUGUGGGAGAAUGGCUGCUUAGUCUAUUCAGCAUUGUAGCAUGCUGGUAGUGAAUGGAAUAUGUGUGUAGCUGUGCUCUGGUUGAUACAUCUUAUAUAACAUUGGGCAUUAUGUCUCAUAGCACACGGACCUUGUGUGGCAGGCAACACGGAAGUAAGUCAUCUGUGCAAAUGUAGCUCACCUAUAGCAACCCUAUCACAGAUCACUGGCCCACUGAUUGUGGGAGACUUUGUAUGGCUUCCCUGUCCAAGGGAAGUUCAAGCUUUGUGCCAUGAGACGUGGGUGCUUCACCAGAUGUUUACAACCAGGAAUCUGCCAACGAGGAAGUGAUGAACGCUCACUGAGCUGAUAAUCAUUAUAGGGGUAAUACUAUUAUUCAGGGCAUUAUCAUUUGCUGAAGCUUGAGGUCUUCCAUUAACUGCCCGAUGCAGAAGGGCAGUUGAAAAGACGGAGACUGAUGCUUAGUUGUGAAAAUAUAUAAUUUUGAUAAAAACAAACAACUCAUUUUCAUUUAAACUGAAAAGGAGCCCCAGUGAGAUAGGAGAUUCUGAACCUGUGGAAAAUCUAGACUUGCUUCAUUUAGGGCGAAAGCAUUGCAGUAAGGGCUGGGUGGAAGGGAAAAUAUAAGGUUCAGGGAAUGUGAGACAGGCUAUAAUGGACCGCUGCAAGAAAUGAUAUCUGUUUUGUUGAUGUUGUUGUAUGAUGAUACCUGUGAGUGAUACAGACAGCGUUCCAAGUACACUAUAUAUUUUAAUUUAUUAAUUACUUCAUUUAUUGUUUAUGUUCAUGAUCUGUUUUAGCCUUAUGUCUUUACAAAUACUUUCCAUUAAUACCAAGUUCGAGAUCACAGAAUUUCAUUUGUGUGAAUACUUUCAGUGCAUAUGUUCCUGACUGACAGUUUCAGGGGUUCUUAGUGGGAAAAUCUAGGGGUAGACUUGAUGGAGGCUGAUACCGAUGGCCUGAAGUGAUUGCUGUGGUGUGGUUCCAGAGUGUCCCUGUGUCACACAGCCUUGCUACACAUGGUGUGGUUCCAGAGUGUCCCUGUGUCACACAGCCUUGCUACACAUGGUGUGGAUCCAGAGUGUCCCUGUGUCACACAGCCUUGCUACACAUGGUGUGGAUCCAGAGUGUCCCUGUGUCACACAGCCUUGCUACACAUGGUGUGGAUCCAGAGUGUCCCUGUGUCACACAGCCUUGCUACACAUGGUGUGUUCAUACAACACAUUCUGUGGACAACAAGGGACAUUCACUAACUUUAACAAUUCACUGUCAACAAUUUCUAGGAUUAUUUGUAAAUGAAAGCCACGGGAGUCAUGCCCAUUUCCACUUGUAAGAGGGGUACACAAAGUAUGUGAAAUGGUUGAGUGGGUUAGAUCGCUGACUUUGUGUGCUGGUGAUUAGGUGCCUCACUCUGGCAGUGUGGGUUCAAAUCCUGGAUGGGACUCGACUCCAAAAAAGGACUAGAAUCUUUACUUUACUAAGAUGGUGUUAUCCCAAAUAUAACGUUUGUUACAUUGUUUCUAAAUCUUUGAAACACUGGGUUGUUUCAACAGCAUUAUGAAAUCAUGAAUGUGCAGUUUGGAAAUGGACCCACUGACAAGGCUUGGGGGGGGGAGUUCACUAGUCAACGUGUUUACUGGAAGCUUACCACAUUCAGUUCAGCUCCAGGGAAGUCAGCCUUUGACGUGCUGAUGUCUGUAUGAAAGCUGGGCCAGUAUGGACUUAUCAUUAGAUUGUCAUCUCCAACUGCCGGCUCCCUCUAGAACUUUCCACCUUCAGGUCAUUUUGUUAGUGAUGUGUUGAACUCCUGGACUGAAAUGAAACGACAUAAAUCAGGUUGAAGCAAAUAGUUCAGGAACACAAUAACCCAAUCAUAGAUUUCUACAGCUGUAACAUUACGCUCUAACAAUAUAACAAUAUCAGGUCUCAUGCCCUGAACCUGGCUGUAUAAUGAGGCUAUAACAAUAUCAGGUCUCAUGCCCUGAACCUGGCUGUAUAUCGAGGCUAUAAUAAUAUCAGGUCUCAUGCCCUGAACCUGGCUGUAUAACAAAGCUAUAAUAAUAUCAAGUCUCAUGCACUGAACCUGGCUGUAUAACGAGGCUAUAACAAUAUCAGGUCUCAUGCCCUAAGCCUGGCGGUAUAACAAGGCUAUAACAUGCCCUAAACCUGGCGGUAUCAAGAACGGACACGCUCUGUGACCCCCCUCCAGGCCAUUGACACUCACCCCUAAACUCCCACCCCCCAAACCCCCACCCCACAUGUCAGAUCCUAUUUGUACAUACCAGUCUCUAUUUAUUAUCAUGUCACGGUGUUAUUAUUCAUUCAGGUUACCAUGGUUUCUGUAGAUAGACACCACAAACGGGAAACAGGACAAAAAAGUUGGGGUUUUCACCUCAAGCAAAAGUUUCAAGUCAGUGCUUUAGAACAUUCACUCCUCAAGAUAUUUUUUCAACAAAUCCAGAUUAGGCACCAAGUUGCUUUUAUCUCUCGGAUCGUCCUUGUAGGUUUAGUGGCUGAUGAAAGUAAUGCAAUGAUUAUUUCUUAUAUUGUGAUUUUGUUAGACUAAAAAUAAGAUCAAUGGUGGAAUAAUCUUUUUCUCAGACAAUGACUGAAAAAGAGCUUUGUAUAUUGGUUUCUUCCAUGCAGUGUGAAAGGGUUCUCCGAUGGACACAGUUCAUUUCCAGAAUGUUUCCCUGCUGCUUUUGUUGAACUGUUUGCGCUCUGUCGGACUUUUUGUAGCUUUGUUAUUGAAAUAACCCUGUAUAUAUGAGUAUAUAUGUAUGUUGUUUAGUGAUAUAGACCACUGACUGUCAUAUGGUGUUUGUCAUGAUGUAUGGUAGCCUGACUGUGUGAUAUCUCAGCGUAUACCCCACAUUGAUGGCGCCAGUAGUGUGUAUAUGAGAACCUUGUAUAUAUAUGUGUGUAGUGUGGUGACUGCGUAGUUGUACAUUGUAUAUAUCAGGUGACAAGCCAGAGAAAUAACCCAUGUUUCUUGUGCUGUUCUGUGGAUUCAGCUGAUUCUGUCAUCAUUGAUUAAAAGAUGCUGUGGCAAAGGAAAA